UGUUGGUCAGAUAUCCAACUCUCCGCUGACGUUGUUGCACAAAUGAGGCCACAGGGCCAGGCCAAGCCUUUCAUGGAAUGGAAGUGAAGUUGCACUGGAUUUCAGCCUAACAGCCCGACACACCUUGUGCCAAACGGCACUAAUCCACAACGUGCAACCUCCUCGGAUUCCUACCUAAUUCCCAGGAAAGAUCGAUCACCGCAGUUCACGACAUCGCCAUGAUGAGCGGCGCAAUCGAGUCAAAGCCGCUGCCGCGCUACUUCAAAAAUGAUAUGGAACCAUCCAGACGGGAUCCUUACAAACAACUGACAGCUUCGCUGACGCGGUUGGUCAACGAUUAUCCUCCUGACCAGAUCCCGCCUGGAGGUGGUCUCUACUAUGGUCCAAUUUCCGUCUCCUAUCUUUUCUUCCGCCUCCAGCAACUGUACCCGGAAAUGACCAUCGGGGAGUAUGCUCUGGGCUCGUGGUUUGCGGCAUACAUUGAGCUCGCACAGAAGCACAUGAAGCAAUACCCCGGACCAAGCGCCAGCAAGUGUGGAGUGAGCGACGACAUCAUGUCUCUCCUCGCCCUCGGCGCUGCUUCUGCUAAAGACAAAGACAUGGCUAAGGAGCUAUGCAACUACGCUGCUAUUGCGACGGCCGAAGAUGCUUCCAACGAAUGGCUCUACGGACGUGCUGGCUACCUCUACUUGCUGCGCUUAGUGCGGGCUUCUUUCGAGGAUGAUAGGGAAACCAGAGACCUCAUUGAUGAUACGGCGGAUGAGGUCAUUGAUGCCAUAUUGGAUGCACCACGCCCGUGGAAAUGGCACGGCAAAACAUAUCUAGGUGCCGUUCACGGAUCUAUCGGCAUCAUCACGCAGAUCAUCCUCACCGAUCCCGUUAUGGCUCCGAAAUUGGAGCCAGAGCUGGGCGCUUUGUUGAGCUACCAGUAUGAGAGCGGCAACUGGCCAUCCUCUGUCCCACCGGGUAAGGAUCGCUUGGUGCAGUUCUGCCACGGUGCUCCCGGAGCCGUUGCGUCCCUUCAGUCUAUCAGACAAUACUUUCCAAAGCUGCAAGACCGCAUCGACAAAGCGAUCAAGCGCGGCCAAGCAUGUAUCCUCGAGCGCGGACUCCUGACCAAGGAAUCUUGCCUGUGCCACGGCAUUUCGGGCAACGCUCUGGCGCUUGAGGACCCGCACUUUGAGCACUUCCUUACUUUCACCACGGGCCACGAAAUGAAGGCCAUGCUUAAGGACGGCAUGUUGGAAAAGUCAGACGAUCCGUCUGCAUUGUGGUGCGGAGAGGCUGGUCGUGCGUGGACUUGGGCGGUGGCGGACAAACAACUUGACAGAAGAUUUUUGGGCUACAACGAUAUCUAGCCGCGGAGGCUGGUGAACCUGAUGACUUGAUGCCGGUUACGACUGCACGAAUGGUUACUGAUCCGAGUCCUGCAAAGGCCGUUCUCUUCCCGCUUUGAACCACAUGUGCGUCUGAAACAUGCAAGAUCUGGGAGGGCUCGAAGGUGUGGUUUUCUCUUUCUGCUGCGGACUUCUUCCUUCUUACAUAGCCACUGCUCUGGUACAAUAGCUAGGAAUGCUAAUACCACUACAUUUCGACCACGACCAUAGCCGCGUAGUUCCGGGAUCAACAUGGAAGUACCAGAUAGUGAUGAUCUUGGCUUGCCAAUAUCCGUGAUCGAUCUAGUGUGACACAACGUGUCUCUUGUUACC